GGAGGCUGCAUCUGGCUCCCGCUCUCACAGCCAUUGCAGUACACUGAGAUCCAUAGAGACAGCGCUGGGGCAAGUGAGAGCCGGAAGGGCACUGGGCGACUCUGUGCCUCGCUGAGGAAAAAUAACUAAACAUGGGCAAAGGAGAUCCUAAGAAGCCGAGAGGCAAAAUGUCAUCAUAUGCAUUCUUUGUGCAAACUUGUCGGGAGGAGCACAAGAAGCAGCACCCGGAUGCUUCAGUCAACUUCUCAGAGUUUUCUAAGAAGUGCUCAGAGAGGGGGAAGACCAUGUCUGCUAAAGAGAAAGGAAAAUUUGAAGAUAUGACAGAGGCGGACAAGGCCCGUUAUGAAAGAGAAAUGAAAACCUAUAUCCUUCCUAAAGGGGAAACAAAAAAGAAGUUCAAGGAUCCCAGUGCACCCAAGAGGCCUCCUUCGGCCUUUUUCUUGUUCUGUUCUGAGUAUCGCCCCCAAAUCAAAGGAGAACAUCCGGCCUAUCCAUUGGUGAUGUUGCAAAGAAGCUGGGGGAGAUGUGGAAUAACACUGCUGCGGAAGACAAGCAGCCUGAUGAAAAGAAGGCUGCAAAGCUGAAGGAAAAAUAUGAAAAGGAUAUUGCUGCAUACCGAGCCAAAGGAAAGCCUGAUGCAGCGAAAAA